AUGGUUCAUCUCGCCAAAGUUAAGAACGACAAUGAGAUCACCCCCUCUCCUCUCGACAUGGUCUCCAUUUCUCCUCCGGACAUAAAUGACUUCGACACCAAUGUCUACGGCAGUCACUUUGCCGCUGAUCAUAUGCCCCAGAAUGAAAUGCCGGAGCGAGAGAUGCCCCGCCAGAUUGCCGCUCGGAUGAUCAAGGAUGAGCUGAGUCUAGAUGGUAAUCCCAAGCUCAACCUCGCCAGUUUCGUCACCACCUACAUGGAAGACGAGAUCGAAGAGAUUAUGACCGAGUCCAUGAGCAAAAACUUCAUUGAUUACGAGGAAUAUCCCCACUCCGCCGAGAUCCAGAACAGAUGCGUGAAUAUGAUUGCUAGACUCUUCAACAUUCCCACCGAUCCCUCCAGUGACAAUGCUAUGGGUACUUCAACCAUUGGGUCUUCCGAGGCUAUUAUGCUGGGAGUACUGGCUAUGAAGAAGCGAUGGCAGAACAAGCGCAAGGCCGAGGGCAAGGACUACUAUCACCCCAACAUUGUUAUGAGCAGUGCUGUCCAAGUCUGCUGGGAAAAGGCUGCUCGUUACUUCGAUGUUGAGGAGAAGUACGUUUUCUGCAGCGAUACUCGUUUCGUGAUCGACCCCAAACAGGCGGUUGAUUUGGUGGAUGAGAACACAAUCGGUAUCUGUGCCAUCCUGGGUACCACCUACACCGGCGAAUACGAAGAUGUCAAGGCGAUCAACGAUCUACUAGUGGAGCGUAACAUCGACUGCCCAAUCCACGUUGACGCAGCUAGCGGUGGCUUUGUCGCUCCAUUCAUCCACCCUGAGAUUGAGUGGGAUUUCCGCCUGGAAAAGGUGGCUUCCGUCAACGUCUCCGGUCAUAAGUACGGUCUGGUCUACCCCGGCGUCGGAUGGGUCGUCUGGCGGUCUCCGGAGUUCUUGCCCCAGGAAUUGGUGUUCAACAUCAACUACCUCGGAGCCGAUCAGGCCAGCUUUACUCUGAACUUCUCCAAGGGUGCUUCUCAUGUUAUUGGCCAGUACUACCAGCUGAUCCGCCUGGGUAAGCGCGGUUAUCGUGCAAUCAUGGGCAACCUGACUCGCAUCAGCGACUACAUGGCUUCCGAGUUUGAGAAGCUGGGUAUGAUCAUCUUGAGCCAGACAAAAGGCUUUGGCCUGCCUUUGGUGGCCUUCCGCCUUCCCCCAAACAAUGAUCGUAUCUAUGAUGAAUUCGCUGUGGCCCACCAGCUGCGCGAGCGGGGCUGGAUUGUGCCUGCGUACACCAUGGCGCCCAAUUGCGAGAAGAUGCAGAUGAUGCGUAUUGUCAUCCGCGAAGACUUCAGUAUGAACCGAUGCGAUAGCUUGCUCGUGGAUUUCAAACUUGCUAUCCAGACGUUGGAUGCUAUGGACAAAUCCAUGUUGGAGAAGUACAGAACGCAUAUGCAUCUCCACCGCAACCACCCUCGGCACGAGUCGCGGACUCACCCUCACUACAAGCAUGAAACACACUCGCUGCAGGCCAAGACUGGCAAGACACAUGGCGUGUGUUAA